UGGGGCCCAGUGAAGUUAAAAUAAUAUCAGAACACCGUUUUCUGUCGGCAAGAGAAAAAACGCAAAUAAUCUGUCGUUCUGUUGGCUCUCGACCAGCAGCGAACAUCCACUGGUGGAGAGACAGAAAAAGAGUGACCUCGUUUACAACCGCUGUGAGAGAUGGAAACUACACCAUCAGCACACUGACCUUUACACCUGAGAUGGAAGAUAAUGGCCGAUAUCUGUCUUGUGAAGCCGAAAACCCUUUUGUCCCCAAUAGUGGCAUAGAAUAUGGAUGGAUACUGAAUGUCCUCUAUGUUCCACAGGUUACUUUAAAACUGGGAUCAAACAUUCAACUGGAAAACAUAUUUGAAGGAAAGGAUGUGUACUUUGAAUGUCAUAUUCAGGCCAAUCCUUGGAUUGAUGAAAUUAUCUGGCUACACGAAGGGAUUCCAAUCAGAAACAAGCAAGAAGAAGGAAUCAUUAUGAGCAACCAAAGUUUGGUUUUACAGCACAUUAGGCUUGCGUGGAGAGGAGAAUAUCGGUGUAUGGCGUAUAACAGCCAGGGUUUAGGAAGAAGUAACACAAUUGACAUAAACCUAAAAUUUACUCCAGUCUGUUCUGAUCAUCGUGAAAAUACCUAUGGACUUGCAAAGAACGAAAGCGUCAACAUUGUUUGCAACGUAAAUGCUAAUCCAUCAGAAGUUAAAUUCUACUGGUCUUUAAAUAAUUCACAAGAAGUGAUGAACCUUUAUUCAUUUACUUUCAAUGAUACAACAAGUAUUCUCCAUUACAAACCUAGAAAUCUCAAUAAUUACGGGCUGUUGCUCUGCUGGGCAACAAAUGUCAUUGGAAAACCGAAAACAAAACCAAUCGGUCUAACACUAACCACUGUAAUUAGCAGUGCUGGAACUCUUGUUGUCUUAGCCGUUUCUGUGCUGAUUUUCUCAAGAUGUCGACGACAGAAAAAUCUUGCAGAUCAGAAGAAAAAAAGUGUACAGAAAGAAACUGAAGAAGUUCCAGAAGAAGAAGUCGAUCCCAACUUUAUCAGUAAAGUCCAACUGGAAUCAUUAUCUUCUGUAAAUGAGUUAUCAGUAGAGAAUGGAAACAUAGCUGAAAGCCCAGAAGUUCAGAAUAACAGUGAAAGUCAAAUGGAAAUUCCACCAACACACAGUAGUAAACCUACUAUUGAAGAAGAAAGCAUGAAUAUUAAUUAA